AUGUCAGCAGAGGACGGCGAAGACCGAGGGCGUCCGCCCCGCCGCCCCUCGGCCAAGUUGACCGUCGUGGUCGGGGACACCCACUUCUGCGAGGAGAAGACCUUUCUCGUUCAGAGCUGCGACUAUUUCCGAGCCCUGUACCGCUCCGGGAUGAAGGAGUGUCGGCAGGACGAGAUCCACCUCAAGUCCCUGCGCGCUCGAGGGUUCCUCAUCGCCUUGGCGGCGUUGCGCGGCGAGUUUCCCGACCUGGACGGCGACGACAUCGUCGAAGCCAUCGAAUGCGCCGCUUUCUUGCAGGCGGCGCCACUCGCCAAGCGUCUCGUUGACCUCAUUGACUCGGACAACUGCCUGCUGAUGUAUCACACCGCCGCCACCUUCGGCCUGGCGGACGUCUACCGCGCCGCCGCGCUGUUCAUCCGAAACGUGUACGGCGACCUGGAGGCGGAGGCCAAGGAAUCCCUGACGCCGGAUCUGAUCUCCUACGUGGAGUCUUUGACCCCGAGUGCUUUCGUGGCCGUGGGCACUCACGCGACCUGCGGUGCGGACGAAACGGUGCACGCCGCCUCCAGGACGGUCUGCUACCUGGACGAAACCGCCAACAACUGGAAGGUACUAACGGAUCUUCCGCCAGAGGCCAGCACCUCCAUGGCCGGCGUGACCGUCUUAGACAACAGGCUCUACAUCGUCGGGGGAGUUCACGGACUUCGCAAGCAAGUCGCGGACUCGUGUUUCUGCUACAGCGUCGACAGCAACAGCUGGAGCCGGAUCCCCAGCCCGGCGCAGCCGCGGUACGACCUCAGCCUGCUGGGCGCGGACGGCCGUCUCUACGCCAUCGGAGGAGAGUACGAGCGUACGCCGAUGUCGUCCGUGGAGACGUACGACGUGGAGGCCGGGAGGUGGGGGUUCGCCGCGCACCUCCCUCGGCCGGCGGCGGGAGCGGCGUGCUCCAAAGCCGCGGGCCGGAUAUUCGCGUGCUUGUGGAAGCCGAUGGAGACCACGGAAAUCUACGAGUACGUCUCGGGGGCGGACGAGUGGCGGCCGGUCACCACGCUGAUCCGCCGGCAGAGCUACGGCCACUGCAUGGUCGGCCACAGGGACGACCUGUACGUGGUGAGGAACGGGCCGUCGGACGACUUCCUGAGAUGCCUCAUGGACUGUUACAAUCUGACCUCGGGCCAGUGGUCGUCUCUGCCCGGGCACUUCGCCAACAGCAGAGGCUCGCUGUUCACGGCGGUGGUGAGGGGCGACUCGGUGCUCACGCUCAACAGGAGCGCCACUCAGGAGUUCGCCGUCGCCGGCAAGACCUGGAAGCCCCGACGGCAGAUGAAAGGGUUCCCCAGGAGCGGAUCCGUGUGGACGUUUCUGCUCCGGCUGCCGGACGCUCUCGCGCCGCAGUGA